CCCACCCCGCGUUUCUGGAGAUCUGAGGUAAGGGGUAACGGGGUACUGGGGUAGCAGCAGCGAACAAUUCCUCUGGGUCCCUUCAUCCCAGGACCGGAGUCUUCCCCUAGGCAGCUCCCAGCGCGCCACGCGCAGACAAUUCGGGAACUCACCCGCCCUGGCAACCAUGCCCGGCCGGGCCCGGAGCUGUCUGCCAAAGCGCGAGACCAAACCGAGCCAAACGGCCUGUUCCAAGUCGCCCUUUUCCUAAAGUCCGGAAGGGUCCUCGUCAUCUAGAACACCUACCCACCAGCCACUCGCCACCGGAGGCGGAAAAGCGAGCCCCGCGCGCAACGCGGCCAGCCGGACUGCGGGGACCCCAGGAGCGCAGGGCGGAGGAGCAGCGCGACAGGAGGCGAGGGCGCUGGCGGCGCGGCCGGCUAGGAGCAAGGGGGAAGGCGGGGCAGAAGGAGGAGAAGGAAGGCCAGAAGCCAGGGCGGCCGGGCCGCCGGAGCACCGGGGGAGAGCGGUCUGAGCCCCGAGCGAGUCGCCUCGGGAGCCCUAACCGUCUCCCGCGGGCUUGCCGAACCGUCAGUGGCGCACCGCGGCAGCGAGGCUGAAAUAUGAUAAUCAGAACAGCUGCGCCGCGCGCCCCGCAGCCAAUGGGCGAGGCGCUCGCCUGACGUCCCCGCGCGCUGCGUCAGACCAAUGGCGAUGGAGCUGAGUUGGAGCAGAGAAGUUUGAGUAAGAGAUAAGGAAGAGAGGUGCCCGAGCCGCGCCGAGUCCGCGCCGCCGCAGCGCCUCCGCUCCGCCAACUCCGCCGGCUUAAAUUGGACUCCCCGAUCAGCGAGGGCGCGGCGCAGCCGGGCAGCGGGCUCUCUCAGCCUUGGCAACCCCAGGGGCCACUGUUUCCCACUUAGCCACAGCUCCAGCAUCCUCUCUGUGGGCUGUUCACCAACUGUACAACCACCAUUUCACUGUGGACAUUACUCCCUGUUACAGAUAUGGGAGACAUGGGAGAUCCACCAAAAAAAAAACGUCUGAUUUCCCUGUGUGUUGGUUGCGGCAAUCAAAUUCACGAUCAGUAUAUUCUGAGGGUUUCUCCGGAUUUGGAAUGGCAUGCGGCAUGUUUGAAAUGUGCGGAGUGUAAUCAGUAUUUGGACGAGAGCUGUACGUGCUUUGUUAGAGAUGGGAAAACCUACUGUAAAAGAGAUUAUAUCAGGUUGUACGGGAUCAAAUGCGCCAAGUGCAGCAUCGGCUUCAGCAAAAACGACUUCGUGAUGCGCGCGCGCUCCAAGGUGUACCACAUCGAGUGUUUCCGCUGCGUGGCCUGCAGCCGCCAGCUGAUCCCCGGGGAUGAGUUCGCGCUGCGGGAGGACGGGCUCUUCUGCCGCGCGGACCACGACGUGGUGGAGAGGGCCAGCUUGGGCGCCGGCGACCCGCUCAGCCCCUUGCACCCGGCGCGGCCGCUGCAAAUGGCAGCCGAGCCCAUCUCCGCCCGGCAGCCGGCCCUGCGGCCCCACGUCCACAAGCAGCCGGAGAAGACCACCCGCGUGCGGACUGUGCUGAACGAGAAGCAGCUGCACACCUUGCGGACCUGCUACGCCGCCAACCCCCGGCCCGAUGCGCUCAUGAAGGAGCAGCUGGUGGAGAUGACCGGCCUCAGUCCCCGUGUGAUCCGGGUCUGGUUUCAGAACAAGCGGUGCAAGGACAAGAAGCGGAGCAUCAUGAUGAAGCAGCUCCAGCAGCAGCAGCCCAAUGAUAAAACUAAUAUCCAAGGGAUGACAGGAACGCCCAUGGUGGCUGCCAGUCCGGAGAGACACGACGGAGGCUUACAGGCAAACCCAGUGGAGGUGCAGAGUUACCAGCCGCCUUGGAAAGUGCUCAGUGACUUCGCCUUGCAGAGUGACAUCGAUCAGCCGGCUUUUCAGCAACUGGUUAAUUUUUCAGAAGGAGGACCGGGCUCUAAUUCCACUGGCAGUGAAGUGGCGUCGAUGUCCUCUCAGCUCCCAGAUACACCUAACAGCAUGGUAGCCAGUCCAAUUGAGGCUUGAGGAACAUUCAUUCAGACGUAUUUUUUUUUUUCCCUGUUGGAGAAAGUGGGAAAUUAUAAUGUUGAACUCCGAAACAAAAGUAUUUAACGACCCAGUCAAUGAAAACUGAAUCGAGAAAUGAAUGCUCCAUGAAAUGCACGAAGUCUGUUUUAAUGACAAGGUGAUAUGGUAGCAACACUGUGAAGACAAUCAUGGGAUUUUACUAGAAUUAAAACAGCAAACAAAACCCAAACCCAACAUAACGCUAUCCAAUGACCUUAGGAGUACU